GCGGAGAUAGCAGCGACUCAGCCAGAUAAGGCGGUGGUCAAGCGGAAAUCACUCUUCAGGUCGCCCGGGACAGCUUCAUCGCCUGACCUGGCAACUCUGGUGAAGAAGGCCAAGGAACGGAAACCUCUUCCACCAACAAUGACCCCUUCAUCCUCCCAGGCUUCCGCUUCGACCUCGCGGACGGCUGUGCCCCCAGCAAAGUCGACUGUACCGCUGCCGAGACAACCCACGAUGUCUCCGGAAAGAGGAGCAAACCCGAGGAGCAUAAGCAAUGGGACCAAGAGCCCAGAGUCAAAGAGCAGCGAUGGGGAGAACUUCAAGGUAUGUCCCGUUCGCGAUAAGGCUGACGUGCAGAGUAUGAGAUACAAGGCCAAGGGCAUGUUUGGACGUAUGUUUGGAUCAAACGUCAAGGAGCCUCCAGUAUGUCCAUGGUUGGACGACGCUGAUGAUACAUUUCCCGUUCCUCCGCCAAAUCAGUCCCCUGCCGCUCAUCCAGUUCCCACCGUCUACUCUCCUCCCCCAGAUACUUCUCGACAGAUAUCCCCUCCCACCCCUCAGCCCCUGCCCGAAGAAUUGCUACCCCCUCGACCACUCUCCGCCGUCCCGGAAUCCAACGGUGUCGAAGCAGACGAAGUCGGCCAGGUGGACGGGCAAAAGUCAUUACCCCAGACCCCGCUCGAUGCGCCGACGACCAGAGGUAUGGGGACACUUCGGUCUCUACAUACUCGCCAGCCAGCGUACAGCAUCUCGGACCGUGAAGCGGAAGAAGAGGACAAGCCGCGGGAGCGGGAACGGUCAUUCUCGGAGGAUGUGGCGGGGAUGCUAGCUAGUAUAGGUCACGACUCGCCUGCGCGCGAGCUUGGACUGGCUCCAGAUAGCGUGAGGACAACCGCUUCAGUUCUACGAACGACGCCGAGGGAGCUUCAUGCGGAGCUGGGGCGGACGGGGUCCAUCGACCGGUCUGGAGAUCGGUUGAAACCACGCGCAUCGCCCGUGCCUGGUGUACGAAUGUCGUCCCUUCCUUCUCCACAGGCGGAGAGUGAGGCAGGACCGAGCCAACCGCGGAUCAUGUCGACUCCCAACCCUCCAACGGACAAGACCUUCCCGAACGAUGUCUUCGGCUACACCGCCGACAGCCCGAUGGCGAUGGGCCGCCCACUAGACUUUGGUCCACCUCUAGAUGGGCCGGACUCGACCAUCCGCGCCAGACAGGCCUCUGCUUUCGACUCUCCUGCACCUCCCUCGGUCCGGCUCGUCGCUUCGCCCCGACUACCGAGCAGUCCGCUCGAUGAGAUAGCACCGGACGAUAUGGGCGACUCACGCUCGUUCCUUGGCUCAGCCGAAGCUGAAACGAGCGCGCCAAUACCGGAGGAUGACGAGGAGAAGGGAAGGAGGCUGGCGUGCGAGUUCCUCGAGAAUGACUUUUCGAGCAUGUCGCAGGAGAAGGUGGCCAUAUUCUUAGGUGGACCACGCCCGGUCAACGCGAUAGCUUUGAGAUACUAUAUGCAGUACUUCGAUAUGAAGGGGCAGAAUCUGGUCGAAUCGUUCAGGGAACUCUGUGCCAAGCUCGUUCUCAAGGCGGAAUCUCAGGAGAUCGAUCGUAUCAUUGGCGGGUUCAGCUCGAGAUACUAUGAGUGCAACCCAAACACCGUCUUUGGCUCGCCAGGCGUCGUCCAUACCGUCACCGCCGCCAUGCUCAUGCUCAAUACCGACCUCCACAUCGCCGAGCUUACCAAGCACAUGUCUCGCGCCGAAUUUGUCCGGAACGCCAUGUCUGCUAUCCGGGAGAGCAUGCCUACGGACGGAGCGAGUACACCCGACCUCAUCCGCGAUGACAUCUCAUCGCGCAUCGCAUCAGUGUCCACCUUGAACGGACAGCGGAUGAAGGUUCCGCCAGCUCAGCGGUCCGCUUCAGCCCCUGUCCCAAGUCACGCCGCGGGCAUAGCACGGGUCGUCAGCGAGGCGGGCAUGAACGGGAGACAGGACAGCUCGACGACGGUCAACUCGUUCUCGUACAGCAAAGCAUGGGAGACGGAGGCGGAGAAUGCGCUCAAGGACAUCUUUGCGGCGGUACGGUCUGAUCGGAUCUUGCUGCCUACCUCCAACUCGACCGGGUCGUCCAAUCGCCAAUCAAUGAUCUCCCUCGCCAACUCGUUCGAUCAAUCCAAAAACCGGACCCUGCGUAGCCCGUCUGAUCGAGUCAACGUACUCAAGCGAGGCGGAUCACGGAUGAACAACCCGUACGGCAACAACUUUAACGGCUCGGAUGGCAGACUCAGCCCGACCGGAAGUUAUGCCAAUUCCAUUAAUGAAAACAUGUCACCCUUCGCCUCGCUCGGCUUUGCCUCCAAUCUCUCCCAUACGGUCAUCCGGGAACAAGAGGACGAGACCCACUCGACCAUCUCUCAUGCGUCGGUCAGCACACUGGACGAGCUGGACGAUGAUGAGCUGGCGCUACUUGGCGCACCGUGGGCGAAGGAGGGGCUGCUAUGGCACAAGCUGUACUGGGAGGCGCCAGGCAAGCGGGCCAAGAAGAAUGAAUGGCAGCAGUUCUUUGCGGUGGCGCAGAAGGGGGAGCUACACAUGUUUGUUUUUGGGAGUGGCGGGUCGGGGUUCGGUGGUGGGAGCGUGGGUGGGGGAAAUUGGCUGUCAAAUGCCAAACCCGUCGGUACGAUCAAUCUUAUGCAUGUUCUCGCAGCGCCUGUCUCUAAGGGCGGAAGCGCAGAUCGGCCACACUGCUUUUCCGUCACCGUCGCGUCCGGCCAGGUCACCCUCUUCCAAGCCGGAACGGAAGAUCUCGUCGCCGAAUGGGUAUCUGCCUGUAAUUACUGGUCAGCCCGUCGAUCACGUCAACCCCUCGCCGGCGGAGUCAGCAACAUGGAGUACGGCUGGCAGCGCGUCACCGACAACAGCCAGGACGAACCAGAGGACAAGGGCAGUAUCCGGUCCGCUCGGAGCAACUUUUCCAAACUCGGCGGAACGUAUGGCCGAAAGAGCAUGCAGCCACUCGACCGCGUCCACAUCAACGACUGGAAACCGCCCAUCCCCGCCGCGAUGCCGAGCCCGCUGGACGAGGAGCAGCAACUGGAGGCGCUGCAGGUGUAUGUCAAGCAUGUUGUCGAGGAGCUAGAGCAGCACAAGGCUUUGGAGGAUGCUAUGAUCAGACAGUUCUCGCCCGGAUCAAAGAACCUCUCCAAAGCCAAAGAAAACUGGAAGGCCCGGAGCCUGUACCUACACAACGAAGUCAUCAAGUACGACACGUACAUUGACUCUCUGCGGAGCGCGAUCAGCUUGAGGCUGAAGAAGGCGGGCGAAAGGAAGCUGGAGAAGAGCUUGGCGAGGAGCAUGACCUCCUUA